AUGCUGGAUGCAAUGUCACUUUGCGCUGUCUGUUUGGUUGAAACAAUGAUGAUCUGGAGACUGACUGUUAUAGCUGUUGCAUGUUCACUGGUGCUUGUAGACGCAGCUGUACUGUAUGGACAGCGUGAUCAGAGAAUACUGACUUUCUCCAGGUCUGUUUCAGACGAACGGAAUGACAAUUUUCAUACAAAACGGGCAGCAAGGUCUCUCAAGUCCAACUUCGUAGAAUGUACAAUUCCUCUGAGUCCCAAAGAGUACAUGGCCCUGGAGAGAAACACGUACGAGACGGUGUUUCAUGAAGAUGAUGGCUCCAGUUUUAUUCUAACAUGGGUAGGCGAUGGAACUGGCGUUAUUCUGGUUUUGUCCACAGUCAGUGCUCCACUGGAAUCCUUUUAUGAACGUGGAUCCAUUCGACUAUACAGGAGUGAAGAUUAUGGAAAAUCCUUUCAUGACAUCUCAUACACCAUCAACAGUUCCUUCAUAAGAAAAGACUUUGGGAUAUCUGUGGGCCCGGGGAACUCACAACAGGUGAUUUUGACAGCUGAGCUUCCUGUUGCUAAUGUCCCAGGAGGAGUUAUCUUUACCUCCACAGACUCAGGAAAGACCUUCAGAUCCGUACAGCUGCCAUUCCACCCAGCUCAGCCCAUUUCCUUCCAUCACCACAACCCGGACUGUCUGCUGGUCAUCAGCACAAAGGGCUCUCUAUGGCUCUCGCAGAACUUUGGGCACAGCUGGUCUAAAAUCCAUGAUGGAGUUUACUCUUUUACAUGGGGAUCCGGCGUCACUUUCUUUUUCAGUUAUAGCCCUAAAGGCACAGUGGAGGCAGACAGACGAGGAGACCUUUUACUGAGAUGUACAAAGGACCUGGGAAGAACCUUCACUACCAUUGCUCAGAAUAUCUUCUCCUUUGGAUACAUUGGAGGCUUCCUGUUCACCUCUGUCAUGGAGAAACCGGGUUCUCCUCGGGCCAUUUAUGUGUCUACGGACCAUGGUGAACGAUUCACUAAAGCCUUGCUCCCAUCAGCCACCUCAGAGCAGUUCUACUCAGUUUUGGAUGGUGAUGAAGAUAUGAUCUUUAUGCAUGUGGAUAGCCCCGGAGAUGAGACGCAUUUUGGGACUGUGUAUACAUCUGAUGACCGCGGCAUCCUGUACUCCAAGUCUCUUGAACACCAUUUGUUUGGUGGUGAAAGGAAGAGUGACUUUACAAAUGUGACAUCACUGCGAGGAGUGUAUCUGACCAACGUCAUUGAGGAGGGUGGACGAAUUUGCACAGUCAUCACCUUCAAUAACGGUGGAAAAUGGUGGCCACUGAAAAAGCCAAAAAACGUGGAAUGUGAAGGAAGCGUUAAAAGGUGUAACCUGCACAUUCAUGGAGAGCACAGCCACUACAGCGGCGUUUCUCCCAUGCUGCCUCUGUCUCAUCCUUCUGCUGUUGGCCUGAUCAUUGCUCAUGGCAGUGUCGGGGAAUCCAUUUCAGCUUCAAAGCCAGAUGUGUACGUUUCCUCAGAUGGAGGCUACAACUGGAUAUGUGCACUGAAGGGACCUCACCACUACAGCAUACUGGAUUCAGGUGGCCUGAUUGUGGCUGUGGAGGUUCGCCGAGAUCGACAGGUUAAUGCUAUAAAGUUCUCCACAGAUGAGGGUCAAUGUUGGAAGACUUAUAAUUUCACAGAGCAUCCCAUCUUCUUUGCCGGCCUCACAUCUGAACCUGGUACUAAGUCUCUGAACAUCAGUGUGUUUGGUUACCGGCUGUACGAUAAUAAUCAGCCCUUGUGGGUUGCAGUGACUAUAGACUUUGAGCAGAUUCCAACCAGAGAAUGUGUUGAGCAGGACUACGUGAAGUGGUUGGCCCAUUCUGAUGAGGGAGAACAGGAUUCAGAGAUAGAUGGAUGUGUCUUAGGCUACAAGGAAACUUUUGAAAGGCUGAGGAAGAUGUCAGUGUGCAGAAAGGGGCGUGACUACAUGGUCAGUAAGCAACAGAGACCGUGUCCCUGCACCAGAGAAGAUUACAUGUGCGAUUAUGGUUAUUACCACCUUGAAAACAGCUCUGAAUGUGUGAAACAGCCUGAGUUCACAAACAAAACACUGGAGCUCUGUUUCAAUGGGGAGUUAGAGGAGCUCCAGACAACAGGGUAUCGGAAGAUCCCCAGUGAUAAAUGUGAGGGUGGCUUUAGCCCUGUACGCCAAAUGAAUGCUGCCGAAAUGCAUUGUGGGAAUAUCAGCCAGCCCUCUGCUACAAACCAUCAGCCGACUAAACUAAAGGUGGUGUGGUUGCUGACUGUGAUCAGUGUCAGUCUGGGGACUGUCGCUCUGGCUGUCGUUACUGCAGUUAUCAUAAUGGUCAGGAGGAUGAACUAUAGGCAAAGGUCAACUUCAUACCAAUUCUCAGCUCUUCAGCUCCAUGAUGAACUGUGUGUUGCCUCUGAGACCACUCCAAGAAGUAACCAAGCCAUCUACCAAGAAGACUCAGAUGAUGAUCUUAUUGAAUGAACAGCAUCUUCUGAGUCCUCAAGGUGUCCUGUGAUUAUAAGGUUUUGCAACAGUUGAUGGCUUGUUUAUAAUUAUAAAACAUUUAGAUUGAAACACUGAAACUUGAACUUAGAUUAAAAGGAACAAUGGUGUAACAAUGAGCCUUUAAAAAAAGAAAAUAAAUUUAUAUAAUCUUUAAGGGUAAAAGAUAAAAGGUACUUCAGGGUGCUCAAGCAUGCAUAUGUAUUCUUUCUUUCUUUCUUUCUUUCUUUCUUUCUUUCUUUCUUUCUUUCUUUCUUUCUUACUAACUGACAACUAUGAUGCAAACAAAAUCUUGAGGGAUUAAGCAAUUGAGAUGCAGAUUGAUGCUAAAGGGCCAAACUGUUUUUAAAUAACCAAAGUUAUGUAUCAUGAUGCUGUACUAAGUUAGGAACAGCUAUGGAAGGUGCCUUGGGUCUCAGCAAGAUCAGUGUGAAUUUCUGGAACUGAAAUGUUUUGGGAAUAAAUUGUGAAAGAAAUGGUUGAAAAAAUCUUUUCCAUAUUUCUUUUUGGAUGAUGAAUGGUAGUUAUGGGAACUGUGAUUCCCUGAAC